AACAGUGAGCACAGCCCCAGGGUGCUUUGGCCUGCGGAUCUCAACAGGGAGGCUCAGAGAGUCUGGGUGUGGCAGCCAAAGGUGUGUCUGUCUGUUGACUCAGUGCCAGCAGCGACAGAUACCGCGGCUCAGAGGACAGUCUGCCCGGCCUACAUUCACAGCACCGAGCGCGCGGACAGACGGGUGUCCUCUUCAGAGCUUUUUUAAACACAGACACUAAUCCACCCCGUCGCACUUUUCGGACGAUUCGCCGUCGGUCGAGUUCGGCUUCCUCCUUCGGACAAAGUCCAUCGAAAGUAUUCAACAAUGGCGAAUGUUUUACUUUUCAACCUCUGCUCGCUGUUGAUCCUGUCCCGCGUGGAGUCGUGUUUAAUCCCGACCUCUCUGUACAUAGUUGUGCCAAACGCACUUCUACCUGGAUCCCAAAUCACCACAGUUGAAGUUUCCGACUGCGACACCGACUCGAUGCGCUUAACUUCGAGCGACCCGAGCUUUACAGUCAGCAGCAGUGGGGUGAUAGAAACCGUAACGUCGGUGUCGGUGGCAGCGGCGGGGCGGACAUUUUCUGUGCGGGCUCAGGACAACAGUGGACCGGACAGUGAGAUGUUCGUUCACCUUGUUCACAGUACAGCGUCGAAAAGACAGGAGCCCACAGGCUUCCUGAAACGCUUCAAGAGACGCUGGAGUCCCCACCCCUUCAACAUACUGGAGAACAAUCCGGGACCUUAUCCAAGAGCCAUUGACAUGAUCGUGUCGGACUCGGACCUCCAGCAUAGAUUGUACUACACCAUCAGUGGGCCUGGCGUCGAUCAGCAUCCAGUGGGUGUGUUCAGUCUCAACAGAACUGGGAUGUUGUUCGUGCGUAAGACAGUUGAUCGCGAGGAGUUCCCGAAGUUUAUAUUAACAGUCAGAGCUUUUGACAAAAUUACCAACGUGGAGACGGACAAACCUUUGGACAUCAUAAUAGAUGUGGACGAUGUGAAUGACAACGCUCCGACAUUCCUAGACCCGAUGCAGUUUACUGUGCUCGAGCAGAGCACUGCAGGGACAGUGGUGGGGAAGGUGAAUACUACAGACCGGGACCAAGAGAAAACCCUCCACGUCAAGAUCAGGUAUUCUCUCAAGACAGGAUUAGACCUGUUUGCCAUCAACCCUGAUACCGGUGUCAUCUCGACGGCAACCAAAACCUUGGACAGAGAGACCAAAGACAAGCAUGUGGUGACGGUAGAGAUCAGAGAUAUGUACGGUGCAGUAACCGGUCUGUCCAGCACAGCAACGGCAACCAUUGCUGUGGGUGAUAUCAACGACAACCCACCGACUUUCACAAAAACAUCUUUGGUAGCCACUGUCAAAGAAAACGAAAAUGAAAAACUUAUCCUUCGAAUUCCUGUUGAAGAUAAGGACUUAAAACCAACACCGAACUGGGUUUCCAAAUUUUUCAUCACUAAAGGAAAUGAAAAGGGACAUUUCAGAAUCGAGACUGACCCCAAAACCAACGAGGGGCUUCUGUAUGUCUCAAAGCCCUUAGAUCACGAGCUGAACAAAAAUGUAAAUCUUGAGAUUAUGGCACGGAACGAAGCCGACCUGGUUGGCACCACGGCCAAAUGGCUGUCCAUCCCCGUGGACGUCACUGUCCUCGAUGAAGAUGAGGGUCCAGCAUUCUCAGCCCCUACCGUCCGCUUCAACGUCAAAGAGAACACACCAAACGGCACGGUGAUAGGAAGUUACAUUGCUCUGGAUCCUGAGACCAAGAGCAGCAACGGCAUCAAGUACUACAAGGUCACAGACCCAGCCUCCUGGAUCAAUGUGGACAAAGACAGUGGGCAGCUGACGGUGGCAAACACAAUUGACAGAGAGUCGCAGUUUGUCCACGAUGGACUUUACAACAUCACCAUGAGGGCUGUUGACGCCAGCUCCAAGACAGGAACAGGAACAGUCAUCAUCGUGGUGGAGGAUGUCAACGACAACAUACCAACUCUCCCCCCCAGCGAGUUGGUGUCGUGUGAGAAGGAAGGAGAGCUCGGCUCGGUGCUGGUUGUGGCUGAAGACAACGACCGGAGUCCCUUUUCCUCCCCGUUCAGCUUUAGUUUGCCAACUGAUCAUGAUGGCAAAUGGUCUGUGACCAGAUUUAAUGAUACAGCAGCUACGUUGCAGCAGAUGAAAGAGCUUCCUACUGGAAAGCACAAUGUUCUCUUGGACGUUAAAGAUCUGCAGGGCUCUGGUAAAACACAGACGGCAACAGUGAGGAUCUGCCGCUGCAGGAAUGGAGACUGCAUUAUCAAACCAACCUCUGUGUCAUUUGGUCCAAUGGGUUUGCUGGCUAUGCUGUUGCCUCUGCUCCUCCUCCUACUGCUCGCCCUUCUGGUUGGACUUUUCUGCACGACAGCGAAAGAGCAUCUGAAAUUUGACGACGGAGGAGACGGUGGUGGAAUCCUGCUCAAAUCAAACACAGAGGCCCCGGGGGAAGAAGUGGAUUCCAGUCUCAUCAUUGUUCCCACUACUGGAUCAGUAGUGAAAGGCUCCGUUAAGGGUUUCCAAUCGAAUCAAGAUUGGAUGAUAAACAACGGCUCCGCCACAUUAGGAACCAAAACCACCCACGCGAACGGGAUGUAUUCCGAUGUCGUCACAUCCAAUUUUGGCCAGUACAAUUCUGGCCGGUACAACCACUAUGGUAAUCAAUCGGUGGGAGGAAAUUAUAUCGGUAGCGUUGAAGGCUUUGACAACAGACACCUCGCCCAGGACGCGACUCUUCAUCACAACUGGCAAACGAACGGCCGCUAUCUAAACCAGAAGAUGAUCUACUUCGGAACGGAGGACGACGGGCGGUACGCGGACGACGUCCUCCGCCCCUACAGGUUCGAGGGGGUGGGCUCUGCAGCCGGCUCCGUGGGAUGCUGCAGUGACAUUGGCGACGACGAAAACCUCGACUUCCUGAACAAGCUCGGACCAAAGUUCAAAACUCUCGGAGACGUCUGCAGAAAGACAUGAACGAUGGAGCUCAAAAAUAACGGCGCUCACUCCUAACUGUGCCGGAUGCAGACACGGGCCUGGGAUCUGAAUGUUUGGUGUGCCCCUGAACAUGAAUGAGAAAAAGAACAAGCAGGUGGCGUCGGUGUGUGCUCUGCUGUCGCUUUUUGUCGUUAUUUUUUUAAAAAUGUUUCUUUGCUGCUUUUUUGGCAAAAGUCUUUUGCACUGAAAACUAUGCAGAUGCAGUCAGUCGUACAUGCUUUGAGUCGUGUGUUGUUUAGUGCCUUUAGAGUCAUCCAUCCAUUAUCUACACCUGCUUCUCCAUGUAGAAUGAUAUUUGCAGUGAAGGCUUGCGGGGUUUUCGGUCUACUGUAUGAGUGAUGACUUUGGGUAUUUUGGUUAUUGUUAAUCAUCAGUGUUUAUAGCAAGUAAGAUACAAUUUUGCAUUUGUGUGGCUGUUUUAAUUGCUUGCUCAAUUUUUUUAGUUUUUGAUAUAUUUUUUUAAAGAAAAAAGAAAUGCCUAAAUUAAAUAACACAAUAAAACUGCCUUCUUUAACGUUUCACAUCAACAAACUUUCCUUUAAAAUGACAUGUUUGUAAUUAUUUCCGAGUUUUUAAACAAUAAUGUUGAUUGCGUUCACUGGUUUUCAAAUUCAUACGGUAAUAUAUCUGAGCAGACACAUUCCUCCGCAGCUCUCGGCCGUUAAAUGGGCGUAUAGCUUCAGCCCCGUGUCUCAUCGAGGUCGUUGCAACAUACUGACAGCAGUCCUGUGAAAGUCAGCACAAGGGCGUGAAUGUGACGAGUGAGGUGCUACUGACACUGCCCGCAACUGUUUGGAUACCAGACUGACCAGAAACAAGAAAGGCUUAACAGAUCUGAAAAAAAUGUCCUUGAACCUGCAAAUUAAAGGGAAUAUUUAAGUCCAAUUUGUGUAUGUUGGGUUGUUGAAGUUGUAAUUGUAAAUGGAUGCCAUUAAAGAAUGUUUCUCUUGGUGAACUUGUG